UUCACCAGUACAGCAGCUCCGCUCAACUUGCCAAGCAUCAUGAACGCCUUCACUUUAGCCAUCGCCUGCCUUCUCGUGGCCGGAGCCCACUGCGGCGCCGUCUUCACCUACGGCGUUCCAGCCACCGUGUCAGUUGUUCACCAGCCCGUGGUCAAGAAUGUGGUGCAACAGCACCUGGUUCAGCACGUGGUCCAGCAGCCCGCCGUUCAGCCGGUGGUUCAGCGCGUAGUGCACCAGCAGGUGGUCCACCAGCCUGUGCUGCACCAGCAGGUGGUUCAUCAGCCCGUGGUGUACCAGACCGCGGUCAGAGCUCCAGUUGUGGCGCAGCACAAGGAACUUGUCCACGUGCCACACCACGAGCACGGCUACACCAUCGAGCACAGCAAGCUUGUCCAGCCAAAGUCUACCGUCAUCCACCACCACCCUCUGACCGGCCUGCCGUACCAGCAGACCGACUACCACCAUGCCCCAGUUGUGACCGGAUCCCGCAGCUCCGUGUACCACAGCCGACCGGGUUACAUCGCCGAGCGUACCAAGACCUACGUCCUCUGAACAGUACACCACCCACGGUCACCCUCCUGAUCGACGUAUCAUCCAUUCAUCACUCGUCAUUUUCA